ACGAUUAGAUUUAUCUAGUUCUCAAUGAGUACAUAUUUCAUCGAUCCUUGAAGGAUGAAAGGCAAGAUUGAUUACGGCGGGAUUUGAACUUAAACUAUAAAUCCAUGCAACUAAAUACUUGCAGGUUACUGACAGAUGAUAGAUCACCGGAUAACAGCCCUUGUGGUAUUUAGUUACGCCCUUUUGGACCUUCGAUACAAAUGCUAGAACUAUGCUGGGAGGAAGGAACCUUGGAACCAUUAUUCGAUAGCUCGAUAACUUUUUAUUCCAAAAGGCUGACUUAUUUUACCAACCUACAUUAUUCAUAUUGUUAAAAUAUUUAAAUCAACUAAUAUUAGAGUUGUUUUGCGAGCUUAAUUUAAACGUCCAUAGAGGAAGCUCCCCCCUCCCAACCCUAGUUCUGACUAAUUGCUUGGAUGAUUUUAGUUGAUCGAAGAAGUUAUUCAGUAUAUAUGUCACAUAGAAAGUUUGUUACUCCAGACUACACAGUCUUACACACAGUUUGGGCUUAUGUGGGCUUUUGUGUGACAUUCCAUACACGUAUAUAGGGCAGCAUGUCAGAUGUGAAGUGUUAAAUUUCUCCCAUUAUUUUGUCUCAUUUGCGGGUAAUUGUUGCUAUUGCUGUUUAACCUCAAGUUAGUCUUGACCGAGUAGACCCAGGGUCAUAACUAUCCGUCUUUUAUAUAUCAAUGACAACCCUUAAAUGUCUUUUUUUUUUCUUUUUAAGGUAGUGUGUUAUUUGAGGGAGAUUUUGUACAAUUUCUAGAAGAGUAACCAAACAGACUUCUGAUACCUUACCAGUACAGGUCACCACCAGAGCAGCUCUGCUUUUGUGGUGGAUAGAUCAGAGGAGAAGCAGCUAGUCUCCAGUUCUAAUUGCUACAUUGUGGUUAGUUUUAUUCUAAGUGAUGCUUAACGACUCGUUAUAGUUUUAUUUUUGAAUAUUCGUCGUUAACCGAAUACGUGCUCACAAUUUGACAGGUACAAACAAGAAUCAAAGAAAUGACUAAUUCAGGAGAAAUCACUUGUUUCACUUUCCGCCAUGUGCCUGGCAAAACAUUUUCAUUCACAGAAAAUAAGGACAACUGCGACUUUCUUAUGAAAUGGGGUAUGAAGGAUACUUUGAAAAUUCAACUAUUUUCUUUUGAUCAAGCAUUUCAAUCUUAUCAGUACAAGACUCUGAUUAAUAGCUUUUUUAAUAAUCCAACAAUAAUUAGCAACUUGGAAAUUUGCUCAGCUAAUGGCUGGAGCAGACUUGGCCAAAAGGCAUCCAAAGUUGACAUAGAGAUUGUACCCUGUACUCUCCUUUCUAUGGAAUUUUUUGAUCGAUUGAAAGAGAAUGGAGUUAUCUAUGAGAGUGGAAGAUUAUACAAAUGUUUUGAUGAGUAUUAUGAAAAUUUUGCUAUAUCUGAUGAACUUAGGAAGAUGCUUCUACUAGAAGAAAGUGAUAAUUACAACCUAUAUUCACCCAGUGAAAAAGAAGAAUUUUUAUUUUGCUUACUGAAGCACUUAUGUUUGGGUGGAAAAGUUUGCCAGUUUGAAGAUGAUUUUGGACCUUAUGAAGAUAUGGUAAAGAAAUUAUAUAAAGAAUUAGUGUGUGCUCAAAAAGUUCCAGAUUCUCAACAACCUAGAAUUGUUUCUUCUGUCUAUAAGGUUACAGCAUACGAUGAAGAUGACACCAUGAUAUAUCCAUCUGAUGCUGCACAUAUUCAAACAUUUGCUUAUCUCGUUGUGGAUCCAUUGAAACAUUAUAUCACUGUAUUGUAUCAUUGUUUUUGUUAAACUUAAUAAUAGAGUUACCAAUUUUCAUGUUUUUUCCCUGAACAUUAAAUUAUCUAUUUUGUAGUUUUCCUUGUUUUGCUUUCUUUUAUUACAAACAUAAUAAAUAUAUGGAAAUAA